CGCCGCUGUUAUUACAUCCGGGUCGGUCACUAUAUUCCUUCCGCUGUUAUUUCAUAACGCUGAUCCAGGGAGAUCACGAAGAUAAGGAUGUUGUCGUGUCUCGGCUCUCCAGCUCUUAGUCGGGUUCUGAGCAGCGGGGUGUCCCGUGCUCCUGUGGCUGUGGCUGUAGCUGGAGCCUCACGCAGCUCUGUGUCCUCCACCUCUGCUCCACACUGCAGGACUCUGCUCCGCUACAGCAGCACAGCUCAACAGGAAACACCCAAGAAGACCAAAUUUGGGCCUCUUGCCGACCAGGACAGAAUAUUCACUAACCUGUAUGGACGCCAUGAUUGGAGACUGAAGGGUGCCCUGAGGAGAGGUGACUGGUACAAGACCAAGGAGAUUCUGGAUAAAGGAGUGGACUGGAUCCUGAAUGAGAUUAAGACCUCCGGGCUGCGGGGAAGAGGAGGUGCUGGAUUCCCAACAGGGAUGAAGUGGAGCUUCAUGAACAAGCCCAGUGACGGCAGGCCUAAAUAUCUGGUGGUAAAUGCUGACGAAGGAGAGCCUGGGACAUGUAAGGACAGAGAGAUCAUGCGUAAUGAUCCCCACAAGCUGAUCGAGGGCUGCCUGGUCGCCGGCAGGGCCAUGGGAGCUCGAGCUGCCUACAUCUACAUCCGCGGAGAGUUUUACAAUGAGUCCUCCAACCUGCAGGUGGCCAUUAAUGAGGCUUAUGCAGCCGGGCUGAUCGGUAAAAAUGCGUGUGGCUCCGGUUAUGAUUUUGACGUGUUUGUGAUGCGUGGAGCGGGAGCUUAUAUCUGUGGCGAGGAGACUGCUCUGAUCGAGUCCAUCGAGGGGAAACAGGGAAAACCUCGUCUCAAACCCCCUUUCCCUGCUGAUGUGGGCGUGUUUGGCUGUCCCACGACUGUUGCUAAUGUUGAGACCGUAGCGGUGGCACCAACCAUCUGCCGUCGUGGUGGCACAUGGUUUGCAGGUUUUGGCCGAGAAAGAAACUCCGGCACCAAGCUCUUCAACAUUUCAGGCCACGUCAACACCCCCUGUACAGUGGAAGAAGAGAUGUCCAUUCCCCUCAAGGAGCUGAUCGAAAGACAUGCAGGUGGUGUCCGGGGUGGUUGGGAUAAUCUCCUGUGUGUCAUUCCCGGAGGAUCCUCCACACCACUCAUCCCACAACAUGUGUGCGACACCGUUCUCAUGGAUUUCGAUGCCCUCAUUCAGGCUCAGACUGGUCUCGGCACUGCAGCACUUAUUGUCAUGGAUAAAUCGACUGACGUUAUCCGAGCUAUCGCCCGUUUGAUUGAAUUCUACAAGCAUGAGAGCUGUGGGCAGUGCACUCCUUGCAGAGAGGGAGUGGACUGGAUGAACAAGAUGAUGUGGCGCUUCGUGAAAGGCGACGCGCGGUCAGCAGAGAUAGACAUGAUCUGGGAGAUCAGCAAGCAGAUUGAGGGACACACCAUCUGCGCUUUAGGAGACGGAGCCGCAUGGCCUGUUCAGGGCUUGAUCCGUCACUUCCGCCCUUUGAUGGAGAGCAGAAUCGCAGACUUCCAACAGAAACAGCAGGCACGCGCUUGAAGACUCCACACUGCUCUCACUCACCCUGACGCUUUACAGUACAUUUAUUUAAGCAAACCAAAUUCUCUUGCUCGCUGCUGUGUAAAAUGCUCCCAUCCACCUUUUCUUUCUUUUACAUCCAUUAGAAGCAGUCAGAACGUUCAAAUAUUUUAACAGAGUCUGUCCUGUCGUGGUGAUUAUACCCGCGAUGCAUUAAAGAGUGAAAACUGAGCAGAUGUAUUCAUAAACAGUGAGUAAAAUGAUUAUGGUUAAUGUAAUUAUGCUAAAUCUCAUACUGAUGUUGAUGCUGUUUUUCUUGAUAAGAAAAUCGUACACUGUAUAAACACUUAUUUGUGGAAAUAAAGAGCAUAGACGUUUAAAAAAUGGUGUUCAUUAAUCGGCGGUUUGAGGGAAAUGUUUGGUAUUUUGGGUUUGUGUUGAACAUUGGUAGACACUUCAAAAAAUGUGAUUCUUUUUUAGUUUUUGUCUUGUUUCUAGUCAAAAUGCUUAAUAAUUCUUAAAUGAAGAAGCAUUUUCUAGAUGAAUAAAAAAAAUAUAGUCUUGUUUUCAGAAGUUAUGUUUCAAAAUUGAGUUUUUUUACUUAAAACAAGCAACAUAAUCUUGUUUUUGAUAUGAAGUUACCCCGCCGGCUGAUUAAUUUGAUUGUUUGAAGAAAAAUACUCACUUAAUUUGGACACAUCACACUACCUGACAAAAGUCUUGUCGUCAAUCCCAUUUGUCAGAGGACCAAAUAGUAACUUGACUUUUUGAUCAUUUGGAAAAGUGGCAGAAGGUAGAUUUUUCCCAUGAGUAAUCUGUUGAACUGCAUCCCAAUCAUGACAAAUACCGCAGAAGACCUAUUGGAACCCACAUGCACCCAAGAUUCUCAUAUAAAUCAGUCAAGUUUGGUGAAGGAAAAAUCAUGGUUAGGGGUUACAUUUAGUAUGGGGGUGUGCGAGAGAUCUGCAGAGUGGAAGGCAACAUCGUCAACCUGAGGUAUCAAGACAUUUGUGCUGCCUAUUACAAUACAAACCACAGGAGAGGGCAAAUUCUUCAGCAGGAUAGCGCUCCUCUUACUUCAGCCUCCACAUCAAAGUUCCUGAAAGCAAAGAAUGUCAAGGUGCUGCAGGAUUGGCCAGCCCAGUCACCAGAAAUGAACAUUAUUGAGCAUGUCUGGGGUGAAAUGAAGGAGGAUGCAUUAAAGAUGAAUCCAAAGACUCUUGAUGAACUCUGGGAGUCCUGCAAGAACACUUUCUUUGCCAUUCCAGAUGACUUUAUUAAUAAGUUAUUUGAGUCAUUGCAAAAACGUAUGUAUGCAGUCCUCCAAGCUCAUAAGAGUCAUACACCAUAUUAACUCUUCUUCCACUGCAGCAUGACUUUAUAUUCUAUACUGCAUAUUAUUUCUGUUAAGUGACAAGAAUUUUGUCUAAGCAAAGUCAGACCUUACUGUCUUAAUUAAAUAAUUAAAAAUCAA